AUGUUUGCCAAAUUAAGAAGUAAAGUAUCAUCUCCUCCUCCUCCACAAGCAACUACUUCAUCCCCUUCUUCUUCUACUGAAUCAACCAUAAUCAAUGAAAAGAAUGCCACUAGUGGUACAACGACAACAGCUUCUCCAGUUACUUAUAUUCCAUUCACUGAACCAUCAUCAGAUUCAAUCAUUCCAAAAGAACCAGAAUUAACUGACGAUCAAAAAUCAAAAUACAUCACAGUAUUGACUCAUUUUCAAGAUGCAAAUUUGAAAGUUGCUACUAGUGAACAAGAUCAUAAAUCAGGUAAAAAAUCUAAAGAAUUGACUAUUGGUGAAAAAUCUUGGUUAACUAGAGAAUGUUUUCUUAGAUAUUUACGUGCCACUAAAUGGAAUGUUGAUGAAGCCAUUGAUAGAAUUGAGUUGACUUUAAGUUGGAGAAGAGAAUUUGGAAUUUCUGAACCUUUUGAUAAUGAGAAUAAAGUUAAUGGUGAUUUAGUCAGUGUUGAAAAUGAAACCGGUAAAGAAGUUAUAUUAGGUUAUGAUAAUGAUUCAAGACCUUGUUUAUACUUGAAACCAGGUAGACAAAAUACUAAAACCAGUGAAAGACAAGUUCAGCAUUUGGUUUACAUGUUGGAAAAAGUUAUCGAUUAUAUGCCUUCUGGUCAAGAUUCUUUGGCUUUAUUAAUUGAUUUUAAACAUAGUCCUGUUGGUACUCAAUCAAAUAAAAUCCCUCCAAUUGGUAUUGGUAAACAAGUUUUACAUAUUUUACAAACUCAUUAUCCUGAAAGAUUAGGUAAAGCUUUGUUAACUAAUAUUCCUUGGUUAGGUUGGACUUUCUUAAAAUUGAUUCAUCCUUUUAUUGAUCCUUUAACUAGAGAAAAAUUGGUUUUUGAUGAGCCAUUUGUUAAUUAUGUACCAAAACAACAAUUGGAUAAAGAUUUUGAAGGGGGUGUUAAUUUCGAUUAUGAUCAUAGUAAAUAUUGGAAUAAAAUGAUUGAUAUAUCUCAAGAUAAAAAACAUUCAUAUUAUGAAAGAUUUGAAAAAUUCGGUUCUGUCGUUGGUUUAAGUGAAGUUGAUUUAAGAGGUACCAAUGAAGUGUUGAUUCAUCCUGUUGGCAGCAUAUAA